AUGUACAAUAGCUGGUUAAGACACGACGUAGUCAAUGUCAUAAGGCACACCACUAUUGUUGGUCCAUUUCUUUUAGGAUUCUUUAAGAUAAUAAUAAUGUUCUACAAGAAAACGCCAGCCAAAGAGAUAAUAGACGAGAUCAACAGAGACUACGCAUCCUACAACCACAUGAGUUCAACAUACAAAAACAUUAUCAAUCGGAGCAUAGCAAACAGCUUGAAGUAUAGCGAAAAGAUGUGGGCAGUGGUGGUUAUUACUUGCGUAUCAGCAUUCCCAAUAAUGGCUGCAUUUUCAACUACGUAUAGCUAUCUAGUCGAAUCAGAACCUCAGAGAUACAUGGUUCACGAGGUGAUGAUACCAUACACACAUCCUGACAAGAGAUACGAUUCGCCUAGUUUUGAAAUAAUCUUUGUAUAUAUGUUGUACGCCUGUGUAAUAUAUAUUAUUAACUUUAUCGGUUAUGACGGUUUGUUCAGUUUGAGCAUAAACCAUGCAUGUCUCAAAAUGGAGAUUUACUGCAAUGCGUUUGAAGAAGCUUUAAAAGAGGAUAACGAGAGGAAAAUGUAUCUGCAAAUUGUUGAAGUAAUUAAUGCACAAAAUAAAUUGAAACGGUUCGUUUUC